AUGACACUUCCCUGGGGGUCGUACUUUGACCACGCGUUGGCCUGGGAGAAGAAGAUGGACGAUCCCAACGUGAUGAUCGUCACCUACGAAGAGCUGAAAAAGGACCUGAGCGAAGGCAUCCGUCAGAUCUCUAAGUUCUUUGGCUACAGCCUGACGGAGGCUCAGGUGCAGCAGAUAUCAGAGGGAAGCACCUUCAGCGCCAUGAAGGAGGGCUCGGCCCAAUCCCAUGGCGGCAUGGCAAACGUCAUCUUCAGGAAAGGUGAGGUCGGAGACUGGAAGAACCAUUUCACACCAGAGCAGAGCAAAGAGAUGGACGAGGUCUUCAACAAACGCCUGGCAGGAACCCGACUGGGCGCCAAACUCAACUAUCAGCUCUACUGUCAAUAA